ACAUACUUUCACACUAAUUCUUCCAACUGUUAACGGACAAUGCAGUCACUCAUUCAUCAUUGAAUGGAUCUGCUCAGCUGCGAAACUACUUAAAAAUCGGAUAAGUAUUUACUAUCGGAUUUGUUUUAUUAUUUGUUUUGAAAUUUAAUUAAAUACGGUGAUUAUUUAAGUAUUUAAGAUGAAAUUUAUUUUACUAGUUUACUAGUUUGCAAUUUAAUUUUGGUAGUGUAUAGUUAUAGCACAACGUUAUGUCAGAUAUCCUUUUAUCUGCGGUGAUAACUACGCACUUUACAAUAACGAAUUAUCAACUAGGGGUAAAUUAUUGAAAUAAGGAAAAAACAUGUAAGUAAACUCUUGGGUAAAUCAUAAAAUUUAAAAUGAGUUUAUAUAUAAUGGGGGUAUUCACGUCAGCGUCGUAAACUGAGAAAAUCUGUGCAAAAUCCGAAAUUCAUCUCCUACAAUGGGGUCUAACCAAGAAGGCGAAGAGAUUAUAGAUUAUAUCAAAUUAUACCCAGAAAUUCCACCACCUCCCACAAAUAUCUAUCCCGAGCUACACCCCAACGAUCCCAAACUAUCAGCCUCAUCCCCCAUCUCCAUGGAACAAUGUAUCGUCGACCUGAUCAAGUCUGAAACCGAGUUACUGGCCAAGCUCACCGAAAUAUGUGUCAUAUUAAGAAAACGGCAUAAAAAUUGUGCCAUAUCGAAAACUGCGAGUAGUUCGGCGUCCAUUGUGGGAUCGGUGUUGACGAUUUCGGGCGUUUUAUUGGCACCUUUUACGGCAGGGUUGUCUCUCACAGCGACAGCGGCAGGUAUCGCCACCACCGUUGCCGGCGUCGGCACCACGAUUGGUACCGAUGUCACGAAAUCCAUUUUACACAAGAGGACCGUAAAAGAGCUCGAAGCUCUUCUCGAAAUCCGCCUAAAACAGUACGAAUUUACCGGGAAGCAAAUCAGCAAAGCGUUAGAUAUCGCAUCGAUGGGUGUGUCCGCGACCGCAAAUGCCGCCCAGGUUAUCUCGUUUGCCAAAAUUUAUCAAUUUCUCUACAUAAAUCGCGACAUUUAUGGAAUUAGUGGGUUAACGGCGUCAAUGUGUGCGCAAGAACAGCUCGGUGGGUUGUUAGUUGGUGUCGUGAGACCGCAACUGAACAAGGGGCUGGCCCUUAUCGGGCUUAAAUUAGGGGCGAGGACUUUCAUGGUGGGACUUGGCGUGGUCUUCAUCGCGCUCGAUAUCAAAACGAUUGUCGACUGUUGGAGGAAAGAACCCAAGCUGUGUGGACAGGUGGAAGAUAUAUGUAAAGAUAUUAGGGCAAAGAUUGAAAGUCAUGAGGAAUUGUUGAACGGAGGUGGGGAUUGGGAGAAGGUUGUGAAUAACGGAGAGGAAAAAUCAUAGCUCAAUUAUAAUUUAUAAGUGUGAAAAAUUUAUUAUUGUUUUAAAUUCAGAUAUUAAUAUGCUCAAUAUUUAUAAUAAUGUAUACCACUUAUAUUUCUUCAAUAAAGGCUUUGUAUUUAAAGCAAGGUACGUUAUUUGCAUU